UCGUCACAGCGAGUACCGAGUAGGAGCAACCGCUUGCGUCAGACGCACACUGACGGAGAGUGAUCACUGAUUUCUGGUCAUGGCAACCGUAACUGAGGAAGUUGCUCCGGUCGUCACCGUCUCCGAGGAGCCGGCGCCGGAAGCGGCGAAGGAGGUGGUGGAGAAGCCGGAGGAGGGGAAGAAGCCCGACGAGGAGGGUGACGAGAGGAAGAAGGCCGACCCCGCCGCCGAGAAGGAGAAGAAGGCCGACCCCGCCGCCGAGAAGGAGAAGAAGGCGAGGAAGCCGCGGAGCAGGAAGCCCAAGUCCGCCGGGCUGCACCACCCGCCCUAUUUCGAGAUGAUCAAGGAGGCGAUCCUGUCGCAGGACGGCGGGAAGGUCGGGGCGAGCCCGUACGCGAUCGCCAAGCACAUGGGGGAGAAGCACCGGGACGUGCUCCCGCCCAAUUACCGCAAGGUGCUGGCCGUGCAGCUGCGCGGCUUCGCCGCCAAGGGCCGCCUCGUCAAGGUCAAGGCCUCCUUCAAGCUCGCCGCCGCCGAGGAGAGGAAGCCCUCCGCGGCCGCGAAGGCGAAGAAGAAGGCGUCGGCGGGAAUGGCCAAGCGCAAGAGGGCCGCCGCGCCGGCCAAGAUGAAGCCGGCGGCCGCUGCCUCGGCGCCGUCGAGGGAGGCACGUAAGGUGCGCGCGAAGCGAGCGAGGAAGGUGGCCCCGGCGCCCGCGCAGCCCAAGCCCAAGCCAGCCCGCGCCGCCGCUUCCGGUGCCGGCAAGAAGGUCAACAAGGCCAGCGCCUGAUUAGCGGCGGCCGUCCUGGUCCCCCCGCGCGCGCCUCCGUGUAUUAUACUAGCCGGUAGUAGCAGUAGGAGUUGCAAGUACUAGCAGCGUCGUAGUCGUGAUGAUGUUGUGGUCGUCGUCUCCGCCGGCCCGAUCGAUCGGGCGCUCUGUUCCGCCGUGUGGCAGAGUUUUGUAAAUAACUAGUCUGGUGUGAUGCGCUCAUGGCAAUAAAGCGCGCGCUUCUAGCUUCCUUGAUGAAA